AUGUAGUAUUCUGGGCAAUUUAGUAAUAUUAAAGAAAAUAAAACAAGUGAAAUUUUGUCAGAGUUCGCAGAAGAAUUCAAGAGAAUAUUUAACAUCGUUCGUUUAGAAGUAUAUGAUGUUUCUAUAUAUUAGCUAAUGAAUAAUAUAUGAAGAGCCUAACUAAUAAUGUUUAAAAUAUUCAUUUUGGAGGGUUUUAUAAAUCCAAAGAAUUUAACAUAGAAAAUUUGGUAACAAUUAAAAAUUUAAAAAAUACCUGAGGUAAGGAAUUACUCUUAAUGAACUAAUUGAAUAUGAUUUAAAAAAAGUUCUUUGCAUAGAAACUAAAAUCAAUUCAAUAUUAUUGGUGAGAUAUUAGUAUAAUAUUUUCCAGUAAAAGAGUCUACAGAUUCAGGGAGAUAUAUUUAUAAUUUCAUAUAUUAAUGCUCUUUAUUAAAAAGUUAUGUCUGUUCAAAAUCAAAAUACCUAUUUGUUCUUUUUUUCAACAUUUGAUAUAAUACCAUAAUGA